UCGUCAUUGACCGCCAUUUUCAAGCAUAUAUAAUUCAACUUCCGGUUAAGCUGCAUCCCAAGAAAACAAAAAUCCCUCAUACUUGUCCAAAUUAAUAAACUUGCCAUUGUUGCCAACCCAUAAACAAACAAAAUACAACAUGAGUCUAGAAGAUGAAGUGUUAAAAAUAGGGAAGAAGCUCGAGAAAAUGAUUACGAGCGAAACGGUGGAUCACUCCAGUUCUCUAGACUUACUGAAAUCAUUACAGGAAAAGAAACUGAAUUUAAAUGUGUUACAGAAAACCAGAAUUGGGAUGACAGUAAAUAAUUUCAGAAAAGGAUCAAGAAAUGAUGAAGUUAUUUCCCUAGCUAAAAGUCUGAUUAAGAGUUGGAAAAAACUCUUGCCAGCAGAAAAUACACAGUCAAAUAAUAAAAAUGGGGAAACCAAAAAAUCAACAUCAAAUUCUCCUGAAAAUUCACAAGAUUCAGAAAUGAUAGAAUCACAGGAAUCUGUUGAUAAUUCAGAAGAAAAGUCUGAGGAAAAGCAGGAAACAAAAGAACCAACAACGCCUGUAGAUAUCACAGCACCCUCUACAAGUGAUCCUGUACGAAUAAAAUGUAGAGAAUUAUUAGCUAAUGCAUUAAAAAUAGAAUGUAAUGUUGUUUCUUCAUCAAGUCCUGAUGAUCUUGCAGCCCAUGUUGAGGAAUAUAUUUAUCAAGAAUUCAACAAUACAGAUAGCAAAUAUAAGGCACGGGUUAGAAGUAGAAUAGCUAACUUGAAAGAUGUUAGAAAUCCCAAACUGAGAGAAAAUGUGCUGUGUGGUUUAGUUUCUACUGAAAGAAUAGCCAGCAUGCCAACAGAGGAUAUGGCCAAUGAUAAAAUGAAGGAGUUGCGAGCUAAAUACACAAAAGAAUCUAUAGAUGACCAUCAGAUGGCAAAAACAGAAGGGACAACUACAGAUUUGUUUAAAUGUGGAAAAUGUGGAAAAAAUAAGUGUACAUAUAGUCAGAUGCAGACAAGAAGUGCUGAUGAACCUAUGACAACAUUUGUGUUCUGUAUGGAAUGUGGUAACAGAUGGAAGUUUUGCUGAGGAAAGGUAUAAGCUCAGAAGGAAACAGAGAGAGAGUUGUUCAACAGAUAACCAAAAACAGGAUCAAUGAAUUGCUGUCAAGAAAUGUACAUUACAUUUAAUUUGUACAUAGAAAUUAGGGCAUGGCCAAAUAACUACAAUUAAACAUAAGUUAUACUGUAUAAAUAGUUCUGCUGGAAAAUUGUAAAUAAUAAGACGGCAACAGUUACUGUUUCAAUGAUAAAUGAAUUACAAUUAUAAAGACCAUAUAAGUUAAAUUAUUUGGUUCUCAGACACCAGAGUAAAUAAAUAUGUUAAAUUUUUUUAUGAUGAAAAUGAAAAUAAAUCAGCAUGUUUGAAAUUCCUUCUAGUUUUGAAAACUUGAAACAUCUCUGAUUAUUAUUUUUGAUACUAAUUUCUUUUAAGUGCAUACCCUUUUGAAAACUUGAAACAACUCUGAUUAUUAUUUUUGAUACUAAUUUCUUUUAAGUGCAUACCCUUUUGAAAACUUGAAACAACUCUGAUUCUUAUUUUUGGUACUAAUUUCUUUUAAGUGCAUGCCCUUUUCAAACAGCAAGGUUUAUUGAUAUUUUUCAUGAGAAGUGUGGUUUAUAACAGAUAUCAUGACCAAUCAGAACAUGUCCAAAUGAUAUAUUUACACAGAAAAAUGAUGCAAAGAAUAAUCAGAUGAAAAAAUACUUUCCAGAGAAAGCUAGUUUAUAGGCUGAAAUAGGCAAAAGAAAUUAUGUCUGACUAUCAGUUAGAAAAUAACAGUCAGAGACAGUUGAAGUAAACAAAUUAGAUGAAUCAGCCACAGAAAAUGAGUGGCAAAUGAUUACACAAAACAAGUAUUUGUUCUCUUUUAUAAUUGUUGUAAGAAACCUGUCUGAGAAUCUUUUAAUUUCACAUGGCCUAAUAGUGUCGUUUUGCAGAAUAUUUAGGUUUAUGAUAAAUAUUAUAUGUAUAUAUACAGAGAGUUCUUGUUAAUGAUAGUAAUAGUAAAAACAGUGAAAAGAGAUCAUGUGAUUUGAUUUCUAAUAGAGUGUUUACAUAUUUUGUAGGAAAUUUAUAUUCCAAGGAAUAAUACACCACAAAGCUUUUGGAGCUUUAACUUAAUCUCUAUGAAUAAUAAGCUAGAUUAAUAUUAAACCUCCAUAUUUCUAAGAAAUAUUUUAUAGCAGAUAAAUGAAUGAAAAUUAAGUGCAUAUUAUAUAAUGGUUGUUAUUGUGAAGUUAGACAACAUGAACAGUCAAUAUUUUAAGAUUAUUUUGGAUCAUGACAGAUUUGUCAGCUUUAUUUUUGGAUUUACUAUCUAUAAUCAUUAGAACUCCUACAUGUUCAUUUAGAUUUCACAUCAUUUUUGUAUAAAAUUACAUUACAUUUUCAUAUGUUGUUUUUGUUUCAUUUUGUGAAAAAGAAUUCAAAAUGUUUUAUGAAUUUUCCCAGGUAGUCAUUUUCUUCUAGAAAUCACAUUUUUUACUUAUUUAGUAGAUUUUCAUUAGUAUUUUUAGAAAUAUGUACAAGGCUCUGCACUUUCUCAGUAUUUUUGGUAUGUAGUCCUUCACAUUUUGCCAACAAAUAGAUAUUCAAAUUAGUGAAAAAAAAUUGAAUACAUUACUUAUAUUUCUUACAGAUAACACAGAUACAUUUUUAUACAUAAAUGAUAUAGCCUGUUUUAUGUAAAAACUUCAUAAUGAGACAACUUCUUUAACAUGAAUAAGUUAUUUUAGAUCUUUUUGUUCUGAAGCUGGUAAUGAUAAAUGAUAUAAUCAGAUUAAACAAGAUCUUACGUUUUUCACUAAUAGAAAUCAGAAUAAUUUAAUGGCAGCUUCAGAAAUAGACAUACAAUACCAGCCUUCCUUAGGUAUUAUUUUAUGAAUGUUUCAUUCUUACUGUACAGUAUAGUGUUGCUGCUAUGUGUUGAAUGUAAAUAAACUUGUUUAAUUUUA